UCUCCCCACAUCUCAGUUCACACAGAAGAAGAAACGCAAUAAAAGCAAGCAGCAGGUAACUUCCCAUCACUUCUCAAACGGACACUAAAACCCUAACCCUAAACCCCCGCUCUACCCUCCUGUGAAUCUCUCUACUGACACCAAUGCAAAUCCAAACCCAAAAACCCUAAAAGACCAACGCCAUGGACACCGAUCCUUCCCAGUCUCAACCCCAGUCCACCAAGCACGAGGCCGAGACUCUCCAGCGCGUCACCUCCGGCCCUCUCUCCUCCUCGCUGUCGAAGCUCUCGGGCUCGUCCCGAGGCAUACCGUCCGACAAGGACUUCCAUUUCUACUACAACUUCGCCGAGUUCAAGUCCCCGGUCAAAGAAAUCUCCGAUGAUGCGCAGCUAAUGCUGCGAGCCAUCGGAUCUUCUCCCGCCCAAUUAUGGGGCAAGGAGAUGGAGUUCCCUCUGGGGGAUCUCGACGACGCUUACGACUGGCUUGUGAGCGCGAACGACGAGGUGUUCGAGAGGUUUGAUGUUUCGGUUGACGAUUUUCGGAGGGCGAGGAAGGAGGAAGAGGAGGGUGGGCCCAGUGGUAUGACGGCGAAUGCUGAGGAUUCGGAGAGCGGGUUUCAGUUGGUGUAUGGAAAGAACAAGAAGAAAGGGUUGUUGAGUCAGGUGGUGGUGGAGGAGAAAGAUAGGGUUGAGUCGUCGGUGAAGGUGGCUUCUAGAGAUAAGAAAACGAUGGGGGGUAAGCCGAAGGUUCCGUUUCACGUACCGAGUAUUCCCCGGCCGCAGGAUAAGUUUAAGAUUGUUGUUAAUAAUUCGAACCAGCCGUUUGAUCAUGUUUGGUUGCAGAGGAGUGAGGAUGGGUCCAGGUUUAUACAUCCACUGGAGAAGUUCUCCAUUUUGGAUUUUGUUGACAAAAAUGUAGGGCAUGUUGAGCCUGUGAAACCACCUCCAAUUGAGUCUACUCCUUUCAAGCUUGUGGAAGAAGUCAUGGAUCUGAAGGAGCUAGCUGCUAAGUUGCGUGGAGUGACUGAGUUUGCGGUUGAUUUGGAACAUAAUCAUUAUCGAUCUUUUCAAGGUUUGACUUGUCUGAUGCAAAUCUCAACUAGAACCGAGGAUUUCGUUGUUGAUACGCUAAAGCUUCGGAUUCAUAUCGGUCCUUAUUUGAGGGAAGUGUUCAAAGAUCCUUCCAAAAAGAAGGUCAUGCAUGGAGCAGAUCGUGAUAUAAUAUGGCUGCAAAGGGACUUUGGCAUAUACGUCUGCAAUUUGUUCGACACGGGGCAGGCCUCAAGGGUAUUGAAAAUGGAGAGAAAUAGUCUGGAGUAUCUUCUGUACCACUUUUGUGCAGUUAGCGCUAACAAAGAAUACCAGAAUGCAGAUUGGAGAAUUCGUCCUAUCCCUGAUGAGAUGCUCAGAUAUGCCAGAGAAGAUACACACUAUCUGUUGCAUAUUUAUGAUUUACUGAGAAUCAGGUUGCUUUCAGCAUCAACUGAGUCUGAGAAUUCUGAUGACUUGCUGGUAGAGGUUUACAAGCGCAGUGGUGAUUUAUGCAUGCAGCUUUAUGAAAAAGAGCUUUUGACUGAGAGUUCAUUUCUCUACGUAUAUGGUUUGCAGGGUGCUGAUCUCAAUGCCCAGCAGCUUGCGAUUGUUGCUGGACUUUGUGAGUGGAGAGAUGUUGUUGCCCGUGCAGAGGACGAAAGCACUGGUUAUGUGUUGCCGAACAAAACUCUUCUUGAGAUAGCCAAACAGAUGCCUGUGACCACCAGCAAGCUACGCCGUUUAGUGAACUCGAAGCACCCAUAUGUAGAGCGCAGUCUUGGUUCUGUUGUCAGCAUAAUUAAGCAUUCUAUGCAAAAUGCUGCUGCAUUUGAAGAGGCUGUAGAGCUAAUAAAGGAGUGGUGCGCGCAAACGGCAUCUGAAGGAAACAUGGUCCCUGCAGAUGGAAAUGAAGCCCUACCUCCUGAAGCUCCUGAAACAAUUAAAAGUGUGACUGCUGCACAAAAUUGUGGUGGUGGCAUUUCAAUGGAUGAUGACAUGUCUGGUAACCCUCGAGAUUCUGUGCAUUUGAGGGGAUCUUUGGAGCUUGGAAACAAUAUUGCUGGAAUUUCCAGAUAUGGACAAGAAAGGGCUUCAGAACAUUUUGGUGAAAAUGGGCACAAAAUGAGUCAAGCAGAUAACCAUGUCAGUGGACUUCCAAGUGGAAGCCCUAUAAUUUCAGAGCAGAUUAGUGAGACAAAUAGGAAUUCGAAGGUGUUGCAUGCAGGUGCCGGAGCUACUGUUCAGGUGCUUAAGAAGCCAAGCCGUGCUUUUGGGGCAUUUCUGGGGAAUUCAACUGCAAAGAGGAAAUUUGAUACUGGUAACCAGGACAAGGAAGAGAUCAAGCUGGAGCAGAUUAAAUCUUCAGUAAACCUUCCAUUCCAUUCAUUUGUGCCCAGGGAUGAAACUUUGCAACUAGUAGUAGAAGAGCCUGCCAAAGUAUCGCAACGUCUGCUUCUUGAAGAACCUUCUUCCAUCCAAGCCCAAAGCUCUUCCUUGGAAGAUGUUAUAUUGUUAGAAGAAAAAGAAGAAGAUAAUGAUGAUGAAGAAGAAGAAGGUGGUGCAAAUGUAGAGACAUCGACAACUAUAGAAACAAAAAACGAGCAGUUGGAAAUGGAUGACGGGGAUGAGACCAUGUCUCUUGGUGAUCUAUCCUCCAGCUUCCAAAACUGUUUCAAGUCCAUAAGCGAAACAAGGAAAGCCAAGCAACCUGUGAAGCCCAGAGAAUCUGGUGGGUUUUUGGAGUUGAAACCCUUCGAUUAUGAAUCUGCAAGGAAACAGGCUUGGCUUGGGAAUGAACCAGAUGCUGAAAUGGGUGAAAAGAGUGAAGGUGGUCGCAGAAGUAGGGCUGGUAAAGCGGACAGGAAAAAGAGUUCAACUGUAGGCCAAUCUCGUAAUGAUGAAGAGAGUGGAGGUUUCCAGCAGGGUAGAAGGCGGCAGGCUUUUCCAGCGAGUGGGAACCGGAGUGCAACUUUCCAUUGAGUCUGGACAUUCGGUCCCUUCACCGAAAAAGGUGAUAUUGUUGCAUUGAGUCAUGGAUGUCAACAAAAGAAAUUCACAGGCCAAAUGAUAAUAGAAAUUGCUUGUAAACCUGUUAGCAGUUUGUGGACCUCAUUUGAUCAAAGAAACGAGGAGAAUUUGCAAUAUGAUAGUGGAUUUCUACUC